AGGAUGCGCAAUCAGCGAGCCAGAAUUAGCCUAGAUGAAAAAGCGUUCAUGUCGCUCUACGCUCGUUACAUCAAUUUGAAUGCAAACGAAAGUAUCAAUUGGUCUCAAGUGCAGCCUCCAGAUGAACGAUACAUUAAAAACUAUGAGGAUUUAUGCAGGCCGGUUGAAAAGAAUAUCUUGUCGGCCCUAUCACAAUUAGUUAUUCUUAAAUUCAACGGGAAUACUGGAACAUCGAUGAAUUUUGACGGGACCAAGUCUCUGAUUAAAGUGAAAAAUGAUAAAUCAUUUCUUGAAAUUAGUCUCCAACAGAUUGAACAACUUAAUACAAUGUACAAUUGCGAAAUGCCUUUCGUUUUGAUGAAUUCAUUUAAAACUGACCAGGAUACAGAAGAAUUUCUAAAGACCAUUCCAAAAACAAGGACUCAACUUUUCACUUUUCAACAGAAUAGGUUUCCACGACUGAGCGAAGAGACUGGACUUAUAAUCCCCGAUUCUUAUCAAAUAAGUGGUAGCCGUGACCCGAAAUGGUAUGUUCCGGGAGACGGUGACGUUUUCAGAUGCUUAAAUGAAUCGGCGAUCCUUUGUUGGUUAGAAGAACAGGAGAAGAGUGAAGGGACCAGAAUUGAUUUCUUGAUGGAAGUUGUCGAUAGAAAGCCCGAGGAUAAGAAAGAAGGAACCCUCGUACUCUAUAAUGGAUCUCUUAAACUUCUUGAUCUUUCUCAAAUUUCCGAGGAACAUGCAAAAGACGUUGUUUAUUCCGAGCAGUUCAAAAUAAUUAAUACUAAUAGCAUGUGGAUUAAUAUAAAGGCACUGCAGAAUCUUCUUAACACUAGGCUACUCGAAAUGGAUCUAAUUGUAGGCAAGAAAAUAAUGAAAGAUGGCACCAAAACAAUUCAAUUAGAAGAAUACGCUGCUUCGGCUAUUAGAUGCUUUGAGAAGGCAAUGGGUAAGUGA